AUGCCACCAAAGCCUCGAACCGCGCCUCUCAAAGGGGGCGGCAAGAGCAAGAGAGCCGCGGAUGAUCAAGCUGAAGACAGCCCUACUAAGAGAAUCCGGACCAUUCUCGAUGAAGUCGACGCGAAAGAUCAGACUUCGGGCAAACAACAAAGUCGCAUGCAACACGACAUCGAUACUCUUUCCGACGCUGUCAAACAGCACAAGGAGGAAAAAGCGGUCAUGCAGAAGAGAAUGGACGACAUGGAGAAGGCAAAGAACAAAAAGAUCGCGGAACUCGAAGCGGAAAUCGAUAAGGCCGCGAAGGACAACUUCGCGUGGAAGAAUACCGUACAUGAGACGAAAGCCGAGAAUGAAAAGCAGAAGGCAGUUAUCCAUAAGCAGAAAGCAGAGACUCAGGAGUUACAAGACCAACUCAAGGCAAAGGGAGGGGAGAACGAGAGUAACAAGGCCUGGAGGGCACUCUGGGAGAGGUACUUCCGCGAGGAACGGGAUGAGAAGGAUCAGCUCAAGCGGCAGCUAGAGACUGAGAGGGGCGAGAACCGAGAGAGCAAUAAGGCAUCGGGCAAACUGCGCCAGAUCGAAAAGAUCAUGAAAGGGCCCUAG